AUGACCUCACUGCCGGUACCUCAGAGUAUCACGAUCUCUGUGAGACCCAAUGGCGAUAUCCAGGACCCCACAACUUCGUUUAUGAAUAUCGAUCAUCUCACAGUUGACAGCCCGCGCUUAGACGCGGACGCCGAAGCAACUGGCCUGCUCAAAGAGACCGUACUUCGACCCUACCAAGCCUACUGCGUAACGGAAGCGUCUUCGAGGCCUCCCAGUCCGAGUUCGCUGAGACCUCAGCCUUUGCGCGUUCGAUCUUCCAGACUUCAAAAUCUUGGUUCUGAGCCGCAAUCAUUGCCGAGUUGGCCUGAUCUCCAGACACCAGCGACGUACACCCAACGAAAUGGCAGUCUUGCAAUACUGUCCAAAGAGGGAAAAGAAGGCAAUGAACAACACGAGUUGUCCAAUCAAGCACUUCCCUCCCGCUGCACAAGCCUAGAAUCUCAAGAUCACAUUACACAAGCUGUCACUCCACGCGGAAGCCACCCACUAGCGACCAGUCAAACUAGGACGUACGACGAAACACCAUCACAUUCGCGGAUGCAACAGACAAGCCGAAAACAUGUAACAGCGUCCACAGCGUAUCGUCGAAAGGCAUUGCCACAGCAUUUCAGUGACUCAAGCAUGGGCCAUCAUCCACUGCCACCGCUCCCAAUUGGGCGCACACAUCUCCCCGACCUCAAUUGUUCCGCAAGCGGAAGACCAGAGACAGCAGAAUAUCAAGAAGAGAACUUGUACCACAAAUCGCAUGGUACACAAAGUUCGAUCCGCCUUUACAGAAUGGCACCACAGCGGCGAACAGCCUCCGGUCACUGA